AUGUCCAACGGUGAUGACGGCCGUUCUGCCACCGAUAUCAUCACUUAUAUCGGUGUGCCCCUGGCCGUGUUAGGGGUCCUGCCAAUCUUGUAUAAUACAGUUGCAACACUUGCUGCUCUGUCGAGAAUUAAGCGCAUGUUGCGACGAGCUAGGCUGACCGCACUAACACGAAGCGAUAUUGUCAACAAAGUUAUAGAGGUAGAUUUGCCGCGGUAUGCCGUCACACCAUGGGACCGGUUCAGUCAGAGGAAUGAAUACUGGCAGAUCUCGCGACAGCCCAGUCAAAUACCCGGAGGAAGCUGGACCACGUUUAAUUGGAAGACUAACACAAUCGGAAUCAAGACACAGCGUAUCGAGUAUGCGGAUCAACUGCGGCAGCCACAAGUCGAGGUCGCGUUUGAUGAGUUGGUAUCCUACUUGUUAGACCUAGGUGCCGUGCCGGAUGCCCACAGCUGGAAAGUCCUCCGCUCAAGUGGAAUGUGGACGCCUGCGGGCUGUACUCUGAUGGUUUCGCCCAUGGGUCACAAAGCGCUGACUAUCGCGCCGCUGGAUGACUCCGAUGGGCAUUUGUCUUUGGCAGUUAACUGGUCGUCGUCCUGGACUACCCGCGAUUCCGCCUCUCUGCCCCCUUUUUGGGUACGACUACCACCACCCACGACGCUAGACGCUGAUGGCCAGGCUGAAGCCUCCAUCUCAGAAACUCCAGGAGACACGUCUGGAGAAGCUGAGCAGGAAGUCAAGGGCCAAGAAGAAAUUCCAAAGCAGUCGUUGGAUUCUGUCCAGAAGCAGGCUCAGACCAACUCGGCAGAAGUGAUUGACUGCCAGGUUUCUGUUGACGGGUUGGUUACAGCAUUGAGUCAAGAUCUGGACACGUCAAGAUCAGACUCCGGCCUCCAAAAUCUGUAUAUCGAGCACUUGCGCCUUCGCACUGGUAAUCUAGUCGGUGUAUGGUUUGCAAGUGCUAUCACAGCUUACGGCACAACGAAUCAAACUGUGCUCUGGAACUACAAGAUUCCCGACGAGCUUCUGACCUUUGCGGGCAAACACACGGUACCUUGCGGUGUACUCUCGCUGUUAGGGAUCGUCGAUGAAUCGAAUACACCCCAAUGGGCCACGAGGUUCGAUGGCAACUCAGAUGCACAUGAAUUAUUUGUCAGGCGGCAGCAAGAGCAGAGACUUGCCAUCGCAGCAGAGAACAAAAUGUCCCCUGAGCAGCGACAGACCGCGAUAGGAAACCGGAUGCAAACGGAGAUGUACCAACGAAUGCAAGACAUGCGCGACAAAUUGCGUCUAGACCGCCAACGUCUAGAACAACAUGAACUAGAGGCCCUUCAAAGUCCUAAAUGGGACGCCAAGCUAGUUGCUGAGCAUAAUCUGAAAUGGUUGAAAAACAAACAGCUCGUCGCCGAGUCCACUACAUUGAAGGAUGCCGUAGGAAUGGUGUUGCAUCGUAUGAUACUCGAUGGGCAUUUCACUUCCUCAAUAUGCAACAUGUUAGACUUAUGGAAGGGCUGGGCUGACAACGCUGGCAUGAGGAAGUCAGAUCUCUAUGCACUCAAGGAUGACCAAGUAACUUUUGCACAGGCUAGUCUUCUGGUGGCCAUGAUCAAAGACACAACAACUGCGCAUGAAGGCAGUCUGGCCGUGGACCUUCAAGACUGUGUGAAAAUGUGGAGAACCGUAAGACUAGGAUAG